CUUGGCUCAAAAAACAGCUUCCUUUUUCAAGCAUCGCAACAGUCCCAAAUGGCUGGAGUACGCCUCGGGAGAUUUGUAUGGAACUGAAGCUCAGGGCUUUCAUAGAUACUACAAGACGAGGCUAGAAGAACUGAAGACUUUUCUAGAAGCUGAACAGAAGCCACGUGCUGACCACCGACGACAACAUCUCGAUGCCUUGUGUAAGGCAGCGCAUGUGCAUCAUGUUGCUGGAGCUGGUAGUCUUAAAGUAGAUGCGGAAAGUAGUACUGAUCAUGCACCAGCGAGCAGUAGCGGAACUGAAGGAGGGGAGGGAGAAGCAUCCGCUGAUUCGACCGCGUCUGAAGCUGCAGGAGAUGGUGAAGCCUCUGCCAACAAGGAUUUGAAGAGGAAGGAAGAAGCAUCCGCUGAGUCGACUGCGUCUGAAGCUGCAGAUGAAGAUGGUGAAGCCUCUGCCACCAAGAAUUUGAAGUGUCGUCUUCCUGUUGUAAACGCAUUCGAGCAAAUCGAUCCUGAGAAGGUAGCUAGCUGCUGCAGCGCUGAGGUAGAUGAAGAUGCUGAGGAAAAUGCAACCUGUGCCGCAGCAGCUGGCUUACCGGAUGAGGAUGACUUAGGAGAGGAUACUGGAGAUCAUGCAGCUCAAGAAAUAGCAGAAUCCUCUGACAAGCCUACGAUACAACGAUGUUUGCGGUGGAUGCCUGCUGACGUGACUUUGGCUGUGAAGAAGGCUGGAGAAAAAUUGGAGACAAACACGGAGGAAACUGCAACAGAUAUUGAUGGAGACGAGCACGGUGGAACAGCGGAUGCGGAGGUUGAGGAUGCAACAACUAUUGAUAGAGAGGAGCACAACGGAACAGCAAAGGGUGAGGGUGCUGGUGGUGAAGGAGGAGCUGCAGCUGCUUCUGAAGAGGGACCAAACGGGGAACAGGAACAACUGUGAGGAAAGGCGACCGCUGGAAAUGGCGCAGCCGGAGAAGUCAGCAGGAGGGUCAGGGGCAGGGCAAAGCCUGAUGUUGAUGAUGGUGAGGGAGAGGGUCCACCUCUUCCUCUUUAUGUAGAAGAAGUUACGUAUCAUGUCCUAAGGAAUCCGCUCCAAAAGCACUUCCUGAUGUUGAAAGAACGUCUCCAUCGCGUCUUUCCCUUUCGUUAACCUCAUGAUAAACAUUGAUGUCUCGAACUCUGAAGUGAUAGCUGUC